GUCACUGGCUUUAGGUGAGGAUUCAGAAUGGGAGACAAGCCUAUCUGGGAGCAGAUUGGGUCCAGCUUCGUACAACAUUACUACCAGCUUUUUGAUGCAGACAGGACUCAGUUAGGAGCAAUAUAUAUUGAUGCAUCAUGCCUUACGUGGGAAGGGCAGCAGUUCCAGGGCAAAGCAGCUAUUGUUGAAAAACUCUCUAGCCUCCCUUUCCAAAAAAUACAACACAGCAUCACAGCACAAGACCACCAACCUACACCCGACAGUUGUAUACUCAGUAUGGUAGUGGGACAGCUCAAGGCUGAUGAAGAUCCUAUCAUGGGAUUCCACCAGAUAUUUCUAUUAAAGAACAUCAACGACGCCUGGGUUUGCACCAAUGACAUGUUCAGGCUAGCGUUGCACAACUUCGGCUGAGCUGGCAAUCCCGAGGCACCCGUGCUUUCUUUUUUUUUCUUUUUUUUUUUUUUUUUUUUCCCCUCCCUUCUUUCCUCUUACUGGUAUUAUUCACACUCACAGAACAUUCCAAAUAUCAUACACAAACCUGCAGCACUGGGGAGCGUGAGCAAGUGAGGCCUGUGACCUGCCCUUCUGCUGAGUUUACAUUGUCACUAGAUGAGUUUCUUGUGCAUGAUGUUUGGAAGUUAGACUUAGCUGCAUUUGACAAGAGAAAUUUGUGUUGUACCAGCAUGCCUCGGAAAGAAUUUAUAAUGCAAAAGGUUGUUGUUUAUGUACUGACAAGAUGCUCUGUAACCCAAAGAAAUGAAAGAACAGCAGCCUGUACAGCCCAGAUACCGAUUUGUUCAGAUGUUUCAAUGCUACAUUACACAAUAAAACCAUGAGAUUUUCUUAACCGUU